CCACCCCUCUCAUCCUGAUUGGCUAGGUCGCUGCCGCGAAGUCGGGCAACUUUCCCACGCGGUUUGGUCGUUAGCGCCGCAAGGCUGGAGCCAACUGUCGCCGCUCGCGCCCCGGGCUGCGGCCGUGGAGAGCUGAGCGCGCCUGGGCAUGGCGGCGUCGCGCGGGCUCUGGCCGCUGCUGUCGGAGCCGGCGGAGCGGCAGGUGCUGCAGAACCUGUCCUAUGGGCUGAUGGGCGCGAGCGGGGUCUGCGCGCUGGCGCUGUGCUUCGUGCCGACGCCCUACGGGCGCUACUCCUCGCGCAGCUUCGGCUGCCCCCUGCCUGUCCGCCUGGCUUGGAUGCUCCAGGAGCUGCCCUCGCUGCUGGUCCCGCUGGGGCUGAGCCUCUUCAGCGGCGCGGCCCGCGUCUCCGAGUGGCCCAACCGGGUGCUGCUGGCGCUCUUCAUCGGGCACUACGCGCACAGGGCACUCAUUUUUCCUUUCUUGAUUCGUGGAGGAAAGCCAACACCAUUCAUUACUUUUGCAUUAGCACUUAUAUUUUGUACCUAUAAUGGAUAUUUGCAAGGCCGGAGUUUAAGUAAUUAUGCAGAAUAUCCUUCUGGCUGGCUGACAAGUCCUUGUUUCAUUGUAGGUUUUGCAGGAUGGCUGGGUGGCAUGGCAAUUAAUAUCUCUUCUGAUCACAUUCUCAGAAAUCUGAGAGAACCAGGAGAAACAGGCUACAAAAUACCGAGAGGAGGGUUGUUUGAAUAUGUAACUGGAGCUAACUUUUUUGGAGAGGUCCUUGAAUGGUUUGGAUUUGCUCUCGCCAGCUGCACCAUUGAAAGUGUUGCUUUUGCCAUAUGCACACUUUGUAUCCUUGGUCCCAGGGCACAUCAACAUCAUAAAUGGUAUCAUGAGAAAUUUGAAGACUACCCGAAGUCCAGGAAGAUUUUGAUUCCAUUUGUGCUCUGAAGUGUGUGUUGGCUGAUUUUAAAUGAUGGGGGUUGCUAUUCUGAAAAUAUUCACUUCACAAACCGCUUAGUCUUUUUCUGAACAUUAUGACAGACUCUAAUUCAGUGCCAGUUAUGUUUGGUGCCUAACAUAAAAUACAGCUAAUGGACUAGGUCAGUGUUUUCCAACUUUAUUUGGCCACGGAACCCUUUUAAACUCGAAAGAAUUUUGCAGAACCCCCAAUAACAGCCUAAUAUAUGGACAUCAGCGCUGAGUAGUGAUAUUAUCAUCCCCACUCUAUGGCUAAGAUGGCAUUACACAGGGACACUUAUCAUGGCAAACACAAAUGAAAAAUUGUUUUCAAUAAAAUUCAUAAAUGCUUACAUAUUAAUUAUUUUUG